CUGCACAACGCCACUCUUUGUUUCUUCCUUCAUACAACUGCCUUACCUAUUACAAUUAUCACCAGAAAAGCAUGGAUACUCUGCCUGAACCACUGCCGUCCUGCAGCCUGAUAGGACGUACUUUCACUCUCUUCCCAGGCUCGAAUUUAUUCGACUACCAAGAAACAUUAGAGAGCGCUGAAAAAGUUCAGCUUCUAAAUCUCAACUUUGAUAAGGAAAUAACUAUCGCUCUAGGACUAAAUAAGAAAUAUAUAGUUCCCGACAAUGUUUUAAUUGCUCCUGGUGGGACAGACAUCGUGGCAGAAGAUUUACUUUGCACGACUGGAGCUGCUUUAGCGAAUGAUUUGGUAGCCAAUCCAUCAUUGGGCCAUCGUUACCUGGGAAUCUCGACAGAAGGUGAUGGAAAAUUUGGUCACAGAGUUUCGUUCAAUCCUAGAUCUCUGUUUGGCCUCUGGAGCAUUGGUAAGCUCCACUAUACUGCCCAGUUCAACAUAAAAAGCCUGGAAAGAGAUAAGAUCAACGCGGACUUUAUCAAGACAGCAAGGAAACUUCCCUCCUGGAACGAGAAUGAUCCUUCAGCACGUGAUGCAUUUGCCAAGUUUUUUGCAAAAUGGGGCACGCAUGUUAUCACAGGCUGUUCAUCUGGAGCGCGGUACCACCUUCAGGUCACGAGGCAUGAUGCAUCCAACGAAUCGAAAGACAAUUUCCGCGAACAUAUUGGAACAGAGUAUAGCUCGGUUUUAGGCGUCGAAGGUAGAGCGAAAGGUACAUCCCAAUACAGAGAAUACUUAUGCCGACGUGAAAGCAAAUGCUCUGUUAUGGGAGGAAACCUACAGUUAAACACAGCCUUGGCUAGGGACCCUACUAGCUCGAAGCUAUUCAAUCAAUGGAGAGAAAGUAUCGGGUCAGAUGGAACGCAUGAUAUUACUGGUGUGUUCGUUGACAGCAUUUGCAAUUUCCUUCUCAGGAGCCCCAUUCAGGAACACAAGGAAAUCGCGGAGAAGGUCCAGAGAGCUUCGCUUUUCCAUUCAAAAUUCAUUACCGCAAGAGGAGUUUUUAAAGUGAAGGGCAUUGGAAAUGCAACAGGCCGUGUCAGCUCAUGUGAAGUUCAGGGUGCUCCUGGUAUCAGCUUACAGGCGAUCCCUCGUCCUGGAACUACAGUUUCUGCGCUUUCAAGGACCAUGUUUGAAGCACAGCAAUUGUCUGGUGACCAGAUUGAGUGUGAUGUCAUUAUGAGUGCACCUCCUCUGGCGCCGAUUGAUGUGAUCCUCGUAUCAUCCAAAAAGCCGUUAUCGCAAGACAACCCGUUCGUCUUUGACCUACAGUUGCAGAUUUAUCCGGAGGGUCUAUCAGGAGCAGUAACUGUGGUUUUGGGUAACAAAGGUAAUGAAGGAAAGGUUAGACUUCCUAAUUUGACCGCAAUAGGCGAUUAUGUUGCAGAAUAAGUGAUCUGCCAUCAGCUUCUAUUUUCAAGAAACCAGUACCCUUAUAGUGCCAGACACAAUCUCAACUUUGCCAUAGGCUCGUUAAGUAGUAAAUAAGAUGCAGAAUAGCUAAAAAUUGGAGGAAGAGGAGAGAAAAUAGUCUAAAACGAAGGCUACUG